UCCCAAUCCGGCCCUAUCUCCGCUAGAAACCGGUCGCAGUCGUUGUUCUGUGAUCGGAAACCGUGAUGAUGAGAGAACCAGGGUGUUCGCCUGAUGCUUCAUCAAUUCCCUGACUCGUAUUGGACAUGCAUCAACCUGCAUGUUGAUGAUUACCCCUCACUGUCGUCUUCAACAGACCAGAUUCGGCGAGGCGUAGCGUAUCGAGUGGCCGGGCACAAAACAACAAGACUGGACGUGUCCAAAAUUGACGACCCGAACAAACAACCUGAACCGUCCACUGCUUACCCCUUCACUCCGACAAACCGCAGUGACCAUGGCACGCCCAUCCGCUACGGCGCCAACCACAGACACCGAAGCUGACUUCCUUCUUGAAGCUUACACCAACCUUCGACAUGCCGUCGCCACCACCUCCUCCAACACCCCGAUUCUCCCAUCCCCCACAACCCUCGCCAGCACCCUCUCCUCCCUGCCCAACCCGGACUCCCCGUCCUAUCUCCUCCCGCUAGGGCCAUCCGCAACCCACGCCCACCUUCUCCAGCACAUCCUCCCGGCCCUCAACCACCAGUCCCUCUCCCCGCGCUACCUAGGCUUUGUAACGGGCGGCGUGCUCCCCAUCGCCGAAGCAGCCGACAACCUAGUCUCGGCGCUCGACCAAAACGUCCAAGUCCAUUUCCCUUCCUCCCUUCCCCCUCCUUCUUCAUCAUCAGACCCUGAAAACCCAAACCCAGCAUGGACGCAUUCCGCCAGCACAGCCAUCGAAGACGCCGCGCUGCGGAUGCUCAUCUCCCUCUUGCAACUCGACACACAGACCGCCACCAGAGGCAGCAGCAGCGGUGAGGAGGCGGGGGUAGUGACGGACUGGCCUGGGAGGACGUUCACAACGGGCGCGACGGCGAGCAACAUCCUGGGUCUCGCAUGCGGGCGGGAGGCGGUGGUGAAUUGGCGCCUCGCAGCCGCAGCUGCUGCUGAUGGUGGUGGUGGUGGUGUCGGUGCUGGGCAAGUAGCCAACAAGAAGAUAAUGACGGUGGCCGAGACCGGGCUCCUUGCCGCGGUUCAUGCGGCUGGGAUCAAGAGCAUCCAGGUGCUGACCAGCAUGGGCCACUCGUCGGUGAGCAAGGCGGCGAGCGUGCUUGGGCUGGGGCAUACGAGCGUCAAGGAAGUCGGGGCGGUGCGGGAGGGGGAACCGUGGAGGCUGGAUUUGGAUCUGGUGGAGAGGGAGUUGGCGAGGGCAGAGGGGGAGGGUGUGGUGAGUAUCGUUGUUGUCAGCGCCGGGGAGGUGAACACGGGCCGGUUCGCGACGAACGUCUUGGAUAUGCCCAAGCUGAGGAGCCUGGCGGAUCGGUAUGGGGCUUGGAUUCACGUGGAUGGGGCCUUCGGUCUAUUUGCCCGCGCCCUGCCCAAGACGGACGAGUUCCUCAGUUUGCAUGCCCACGUUGCAGGGCUGGAGCUGGCCGACAGCAUAGCGGCGGACGGGCACAAGCUUUUGAACGUGCCCUACGACAACGGUGUUUUCCUUUGUCGGGACGCUUCCAUCCUUACACAAGUCUUCAGCAACCCCAACGCCGCAUACCUGGCAUCUCCCGGUGACUCCAACGCCAUCCUUAGUCCGCUGAACGUUGGGAUCGAAAAUUCCCGCCGUUUCCGCGCACUACCAGUGUAUGCCGUUCUCUUGAGCGAGGGUAGGGAAGGAAUUGCAGCCAUGCUGCGCCGCAUGGUCCUACUCGCGCGCGAGAUUGCUGCCUUCGUGCGAGAUUCGGAGCACUACGAAUGGCUGCCGAGCGAGGCUGCGUCGUUAGAGAGCACAUACAUCGUUGUGCUAUUCCGAGCCAAGAGUCCUGCGCUCAAUGAGGUUUUGGCCGACCGGAUCAACGCGACGGGCAAGAUCUUCGUCAGCGGGACGAAGUGGGAUGGGAGAAAGGCCGUGCGCAUUGCCGUCGGGAGCUGGAGGGCCGACGUCGAGAGGGAUGCGGCGGUUAUUAAGGAGGUGUUGACCGAGGUCGCAGAGGGUCAAUAGCCGUACAGUGGCCGAGUCCAGGCCACCAUGAAAAGCCAAGCAAACACUCUUCUCUUUGUGGUGUUCCUUGGGACGUCGUCAAUCCGUCUCCCAAUUGAUGAAUCGUGGGCUCAUUUUCUCGCACCACCCGUCCGCAACAAGCCCCAAACAGUCCCAAUCCCAACCCGUCCGUUCUAGCUUCCACCUACCCGAACUUCUUGCUCCCGCCCUUGAACUCCUUUUCGGCGCCCUUCUUCCUCCCUUUGCCGAUCAACUCGAGAUG